UGAACGACCCACUGGCCACCAAAUCUCAACGCCGUAAAUUGAAGAUCUUUUUAACCGCAGUUAGAUUCCUAACCUAACCAGGGUCACAGCCUUCCCCAUUUAAUCAUCUUCGAACUGGAGGAAAAGGAGACGACGAAGACGAUGCUGGAACGGGGCCACCUCCUCUUGCCAUUAUACGGUUUUGAUGAUCCUACCGCCGGCGGCGGCCACGAAGACGCUGCUGUUGCGGCGCUGCUGGCGGUGGAGGCAUACGCUUCGGAUGAGUUUCGGAUGUUCGAGUUCAAGGUGCGGCGGUGCGUCCGGGGGCGUUCCCAUGACUGGACCGACUGCCCCUUCGCUCACCCGGGCGAGAAGGCCCGCCGUCGCGACCCUCGGAAACAUCGGUACUCCGGGGUCGCCUGCCCGGACUUCCGCAAGGCCGGCGGGUGCAAACGCGGCGACGCGUGUGAGCUCGCGCACGGUGUGUUCGAGUGCUGGCUCCACCCUGAUCGCUACCGCACGCAGACCUGCAAGGACGGCGUCGGCUGCCGCCGCCGCGUCUGCUUUUUCGCCCACACCGCCGACCAGCUUCGGCCGGCGCCUCAGCAGCGUCACCAGAGCCCUUCAUCUGACUCGCACUUCCUUCAGGCUUACCUUUCCAAUUAUCUGAUUUCCUCUCCAACCUCGACGAUGACGUCGCCGCCUAUGUCACCGUCGACGGAUUCUCCGCCAAUAUCGCCGGCAGGGGCUAAGCUGCGCCGAGCGUCGUGGCAUGGGGCAUCGUCGGCGCAACUAGGCAGGGCGAAUUCCGCGCCCCGCUCUUGGGCGUUGCAGGUAGAAAGAGCUGGGUUUUCGUCUCCGUUUAGGGGGCUUUCCUGGUAUAAUUCUGGCCUCUUCAGCCUGCCGUCGACUCCAACUGCGACCUCAACGAGGGGCGGCGAUGGUGGGUCUUCGGAGGAAGAUUGGCCAGCGGAAAGGGUUGAGUCAGGGAAGGCGCUGAGGGAGAAGAUGUUCGAGAGGCUCAGUAAAGGUCUCAUCUUUAAGAAAGCUUAGGCAGCGCUGGCCGACAUGGAGCGGGUUUCCAUUGAUGUUCUUAGAAUAAAAUCGAUCUUCCGACAUGUAAAAAAUUUCAUAAGAGUUUUUAAAACAAUAAAACUGAGGU